UAAAGCUCACUUUGGGGCAGGGCAGCAAGAGACCAGGAAUACUGGGGGAAGGGACUUUUAGUUUGAGAGAGUGUUGAGCUAGGACCAUGAAGGAAGAGGUAAAGAGAAUUCCAGUAAAAGUGGCGCUACGUUGUCGCCCUCUGGUCUCUAAAGAGAUCAGUGAGGGCUGCCAUAUGUGCCUUUCCUUCGUGCCAGGGGAGCCUCAGGUGCUGGUCGGGACUGACAAAUGCUUCACCUACGAUUUCGUGUUUGACCCCUCUACUGAACAGGAAGAGGUCUUCAAUACAGCGGUAGCACCACUCAUACAAGGCGUACUUGAGGGAUACAAUGCAACCGUUCUGGCCUAUGGGCAGACGGGCUCUGGAAAAACGUAUUCAAUGGGAGGUGCGUACACUGCAGAGCAAGAGAAUGAACCCACAGUUGGGGUCAUUCCUAGGGUUAUACAACUGCUCUUCAAAGAAAUUGAUAAAAAGUGUGACGUUGAAUUUACUCUGAAAGUAUCUUACCUAGAGAUUUAUAAUGAAGAAAUUUUAGAUCUGCUAUGCCUGUCUCAAGAGAAAGCCUCUCACAUAAACAUCCGGGAAGAUCCCAAGGAAGGCAUCAAGAUGAUAGGACUCACUGAGAAGACUGUUGUAGUUGCAUUGGACACUAUUUCCUGUUUGGAGCAGGGCAACACCUGUAGGACGGUGGCCUCCACGGCUAUGAACUCCCAGUCCUCCCGGUCUCACGCUGUCUUCACAAUCUCCAUAGAGCAAAGAAAGAAAACUGACAAGAAUAGCAGUUUUCACUCCAAGCUGCAUCUUGUAGACCUCGCUGGAUCAGAAAGGCAGAAGAAAACCAAAGCUGAGGGGGAUCGCCUAAAGGAGGGUAUUAAUAUUAACCGAGGCCUCCUGUGCUUGGGAAAUGUCAUCCGCGCGCUUGGAGAUGACAGAAAGGGAGGUUUUGUGCCUUACAGAGAUUCCAAACUGACUCGACUACUGCAAGACUCUCUAGGAGGUAACAGCCAUACACUCAUGAUAGCCUGUGUGAGCCCUGCUGAUUCCAAUCUAGAGGAAACCUUAAACACCCUCCGCUAUGCUGACAGGGCAAGAAAAAUAAAAAACAAACCUGUUAUUAACAUCGAUCCCCAGACGGCUGAACUUAAACAUCUUAAGCAACAGGUACAGCAGCUGCAGGUCUUGUUGCUGCAAGCCCACGGAGGUACCACGCCUGGAUCUAUGCAUGUGGAACCAUCAGAGAAUCUACAAUCCCUGAUGGAGAAGAAUCAGUCGCUGGUAGAGGAGAAUGAAAAAUUAAGUCGUGGUCUGAGCGAGGCAACUGGUCAGACAGUGCAGAUGUUGGAGAGGAUCAUUUUGACAGAACAAGCGUAUGAAAAUCUGAACAUGAAACUAGAAGAGCUCAGGCAGCAUGCAGCCUGUAAACUGGAUCUUCAAAAGCUAGUGGAAAAUGCGGAAGACCAGGAAUUAAAAGAAAGUGUAGAGGUAAUUUGUAACCUGCAACAAAUGAUUCUGCAACUAUUGCCCGAAACUGUACCUUGCAUAGCUACAGCCAAUGAUACUGCAGUAGAAACAGAAGCUCAGGAGCAAAGCAGUCCAGAGACCAGUGGCAGGUCUUCUGAUGCUUUCACCACCCACCAUGCUCUGCAGCAAGCUCAGAUGUCAAGGCAGCUGAUUGAGUUGAAUAAAGCCCUAGCACUGAAAGAGGCCUUGGCCAGGAAACUGACUCAGAAUGACAGCCAGCUGCACCCCAUUCAGUUGUUGUACCAGGAUAACAUAAAAAAUCUAGAAUUGGAAGUCAUUAACCUGCAAAAGCAAAAGGAAGACUUGAUUCUUGAACUUCAGACAGCAAAGAAGGACGUCAACCAGGCCAAGGUGAGUGAGCGCCGCCGCAAACGUCUCCAAGAGCUUGAGAAUCAAAUAGCUAAUUUGAAGAAGAAGCUACAUGAACAGUUCAAGCUUCUGAAAAUGAGGGAAUCCACAGAGCAUACAGUGACCAAACUGAAUCAGGAGAUAGGGAUGAUGAAAAACCAGCGAGUACAGUUAAUGCAUCAGAUGAAAGAGGAUGCUGAGAAGUUCAGACAGUGGAAGCAACAAAAAGACAAAGAAGUCAUCCAGUUAAAAGAACAGGACCGUAAGAGGCAAUAUGAGCUCCUCAAACUUGAAAGAAACUUCCAGAAGCAGUCUAGUAUGCUCCGACGUAAAACUGAGGAGGCAGCAGCUGCCAACAAGCGUCUCAAGGACGCUCUCCAAAAGCAACAGGAGGUUUCAGAUAAGCGAAAAGACAUGCAGAGCUGUGGAAUGGAAGGCACUGCAGUUCGAGUGAAAAAUUGGCUUGGAAAUGAGAUUGAUGUCAUGGUCAGUACUGAGGAAGCCAAACAUCAUUUGAAUGACCUCCUUCAAGACAGAAAGAUCCUGGCUCAGGACCUUGCUCAACUCAAAUCAAAAAAAGAAGCUGAGGAGAAUCCACCUCCUAAACUUCAAAGGCGUACAUUCUCACUUGCUGAAAUGCCUGCUCAGGCUUCAGAGUCAGAGGAGUCUAUUACAAGGCAGAUUGAAAGCCUAGAGACUGAAAUAAAACUCAGGAAUGCUCAGAUUGCCGACAUCCAACAGAAGCUGCUGGAUGCAGAAAGUGAAGACAGGCCAAAAAGACGCUGGGAGAAUAUUGCUACCAUUCUGGAAGCCAAGUGUGCCCUGAAAUACUUAAUUGGAGAACUGGUCUCCUCCAAAAUACAGAUCAGCAGUCUUGAAAGCAACCUGCAACAUAGCAAAGCCAGCUGUACUGACAUGCAGAAGAUGCUCUUUGAGGAACGAAAUCGUUUCACCGAGAUGAAAACAGAGUUUCAAGCUGAACUGGUCAGUGUGGAGCAACAGCACCAAGAGAAGGUACUGUACAUUCUCAGCCAGCUGCAGCAAAGCCAAGCAGCAGAGAAGGAGCUGGAGGAGACAGGCAGUGAAAAAGAACAACAGCUGCUGAGCACACUGCACUGUCAGGAUGAAGAGCUUAAGAAGAUGCAAGAAGUGUGUGAGCAAAAUCAGAAGCUUCUCCAGGAGAAUGAAAACCUCAAGCAGAAACUGGACCUCCUCCAGGCAGCUAACAGGCAGAAACCUCAUUUUCCUGAGGAUAUCGAACCCUCUCCAGACUCUUCCUUUGAAUACAUCCCACCUAAGCCAAAAUCUUCCCAUGUUAAAAUGAAGUUCCUGGAGCAAAGUACGGACAUCGAUGAUCUAAAAUAUUAUUCAGAGCACUCUGUAAACGAGGACAAUGAUGGUGAUAACGAUGACGAGGAUGAUGAAGAAUGGAGGCCGUCAAAGCUAAUAAAGGUGUCCAGGAAGAACAUCCAACGAUGUUCCUGCAAAGGCUGGUGCAGGAACAAGCAGUGUGGGUGCAGGAAGCAAAACCUGGAUUGCGGUCUGGCCUGCAGCUGUAACUCUACCAAGUGUCGGAACCGCCAGCAAAGCCAGGAGAGUUUGGGCACUGCUGAGUGGACCCAGGAUUCUGAGGGCUCCUUCCACUUGGAAGAUCCCACAGAAGUGACCCCAGGACUGAGCUUCUUCAGCCCUGUCUGUGCCACUCCCAGUAGCAACAUCCUGAAAGAAAUGUAUGAUGGGGAGCAACUGAUACCAAAGAAGGCUGCUCUGCCUCUCUCUUCCUUUGACUUCCCAGAACCUAAACACAUUGCAAGAGAAUCCCAAGAAAACAAGGCCCCAAGGAAGAAAAAGAAGCGUGUUCUGGCCAGCAAUACCAGCUUCUUCGCUGGCUGCUCCUCUAUGGAAGAAGAGGCCCACUGAGUUGGAACCAUCAUUGUACCCCCUAGUCUGCCUUGGAUGACACCUUCAGGUUGCAGCCAGGAGGGAUUUUGAAUGACUUUUCUGGAUUUCAUGUGUCUUGCUGUUAAGCGGACAGAAUGUCGCUGAAAGGAAGGCAACCUUCCUUGAUUGCUCGCUCUCUGAUGAGUCCCAAAGUACUUCUCUUUGUUCCCCAGAAAGUGUUAAGCUACCUACUGAAGAAAGAACACACUGACCUUCCCCCAGUGACCCAUCAGGAACCAGUCCCGUGUAGGAUGUGGCUCUUUGUUGCUCAUGAGCUGAUGUCUGACUCCUGAUGCAGAGGAAGACAAGGUUGUCCUGUCUGGGUCAUCUGAGCUUCAGAAGAAAGCCAGCCAAAAUCGUGACUCAAGUCCUGCACUCCACCUCAAGAAGACAGCUGCAACCCUUGCUGCCCCAACGCUGGGCUUUCAGUCACUUCAAAGGACUUUCAGUUGUCUGCCAUGUUAGUGAAGUGAAGGAAAUAUUUUUAAACACUAAAUAAAUAAAGCUUAAGUUGAAACAAA